CGAGUUGAAAUCACAAUUGGAAGAGAUGCAGACUGAAUUUGUCAAAGAAUGCUUCACACAAUCAACGUUAUUGGCAAAAUCGAUGUUUUUUGCAAUCUUAGACAAAUGACAAGAUGCAGCUGGCUAGUGAUCUCCAGACGUACGAGCAUCACAACAAACAGCUGCAGACGAAGUUGGACGAACAAUCAACAGACGAUGUGACUAUUUCCAAGAUGGAAGGACUGAGAGAAGAGAUCAAACAAUUACGUGAUGAAAAUAGUUAUCUUAGCCAGCAGUCGUUAGAGAUUUCUCGUGCAGUAAGUCCUGAUCACGACGAAGUAUCUCGGCAAACAGAAAACUGAAACAAGAGUUGUAUGCCUUACAGGACACGAUACGGCAGUUGUCUGCUGAGAACGCUGGUUUGCAGAACAUGCUCUUGACUCUUCAUCAUCAGACGAAGAACAAAAGCAGCAUCGUAUCAGAAAUAUCAGACAGUUCGUCUGGCAGUAGUAUUGACAUACAAAAUCACAAGAUGAAUGAUGAUGUUGACCGUGUGUUUGAUGCAUCUAGUCAGGUAGCCGAGGUUGAUGCUGUUGCUGUGUUGACAGCUCGAAUGCAUGAAGUUGAGGUACAACGUAACCAAAUGGCUCAGGAGCUUGAGAAACAGAGAGAAGCGUUCGAACAGCACUUGAGCGCUUCGAGAGAAAGAGGAAAGUUUGUGAACACGAGUAACAGGCGUGAUGGGAUGGUUAAUGGAGAAGUAGACGUAGAAUCUGGUGAUAAAAUGAAUGUGAAUGACACUGUUUUGAAGCUUGAAUAUGAUCAGCUGGAGUCGAACUUCAGUGAACUGCAGGAUCAUUUUGUCAAAGUGAUGAAAGAAAAAGCAGAACUGAAGAACGAAGCACAAAGGCUAGAACAUCUUAUGAUGCAUCUGGAGCUGGAAACAGACACGAUAGGUGAGUACAUUUCUUUGUAUCAUCAACAACGUGACCAGCUGAAGACAAAAUUUAAACAGAAAGACGAACUGAUAGCAGCUCUUACCGCUGACAAGACACGCAUCCAGGCUCAAGUGAGAGAAUUACAACAACUAAUGAUAUCGCUGGUCAACGAAUAGCAAGACUCUAGGAUACAUGUACCUAAUGAUAGUGAAGGUAACACUAGGAUGUUGACACCAUCACUUGUUCAAGAUGGAAGUGAAGCGAGCGACAGCUCGUUAGAAGACGAGAGAGACGCGUUUGGUGAAGAGAGUGGUCACGUGACGUCGUUGUCACCCGUUGAGUUUGAGAACGUCAAAUAUUUGACUUGUUGCAAGAGCUGGGACGCUCUUCUAGGCCAUUGGGAAAUAUUUGUACGUAUGAUCCAACGGUGGGACGAGUGACGUUCUUUCCGUUUACUGGCAGUUGUGGUAAAGAAGUUCUCGUAUUGUAACUUAUAAUGUAUUGGAAAGUGUAAAAUUGUUACCAAAUGCAUACCAAACAUGUUUAC